AUGACAGCAGGAACUGUUGUGAUCACUGGCGGAAUACUAGCAACAGUUAUCUUGCUGUGUAUUAUUGCUGUUCUCUGCUACUGUAGGCUACAGUAUUAUUGCUGCAAGAAAGAUGAAUCCGAUGAAGAGGAAGAGGAGGAGGAAGAGGAGGAAGAGGAGGCUGACUUUCCCUCUCACUCACACUAUGCCAUGUGCAAUGCUUGCAACUCUCGUAUCAUGGACGGCCAAGGCAACUUCUCCUUUCCACCCCAUGAGCUUAACAAACAGGGCAAUCGGAACUAUUGCCCAACCUGUUCCCCCUAUAGCUCCCCCUUUUACAUACGGACCGCUGACAUGGUGCGGAACGGGGGUGAGAGGAUCACCUACAUGCCUACAUGCUGCAAGGAAAUGGGGAUGCCCAUCAAAAUGGCGAGCCUCCAGAGUUACCCGGUGACCCACCACUGCAUCAUACAUGAGACCUUUCCAAACCCGAGGGCUUUUAGUACAGAAGUAUGA